CCAGAAGGUUGACCUGGUUGGAAGUACAGAAGGGUUGACCUCUUUGGAAGUCCAGAAAGGGUUGACUUGGUUGAAUUCCAGAAGGGUGACCUGGUUGGAAGUACAGAAGGGUUGAUCUUGUUGGAAGUACAGAAGGUGACCUCGUUGGAAGUCCAGAAAGGGUUGACUUGGUUGAAUUCCAGAAGGUUUGACCUGGUUGGAAGUCCAGAAGGGUAGCCAUGGCCGUAGCAGCACAAGCACCGUGGUACAGGUCGUUGCUUCAGUCAUUGGAGCGCAAUGGACACCUCCCUUACUCGCACUAUGCGCAGCUCGCAACCGUCAGGGCGGACAUGCGCCCUGCGAAUCGCACGAUAGUCUUUCGCGGCUUUUCCGAUGACCAAGAGCUGCUCCAAUUUACCACAGAUGCCCGGAGCCGCAAAGUGGAGGAAAUCAAGGGUUGUCCGUGGGGGGAGUUGUGCUGGUAUUUCCCCGAGACGAGGGAGCAAUUCCGCCUCUUCGGUUUGCUUGACGUGAUUGGCGAACAGGAGGAGGCUGCGGAAAGACGAGCAUGGAGACUCGAUGCCUGGACGAAAAUGUCCACCGUGUCAAGGCAGCAGUUUGCCGGGCCGUUUCCAGGAACGCCCCGCGAGCAGGGAGAAGAGGACACGACGAGUGUGGCAGGCACACGUCAAUCUGAGGGGGGGGAGUCGUCUGCCGCUCUCCUCACCUCCCCCUCUCUCCCUCUCCCUCUCCCUCUCCCAAACUUCUGUUUAUUGACUCUGGAACCUCAGGAGGUAGAUCACCUGCAGUUGAAGACCAACAGAAGAUUUGUCUACAAGAGAUGCGGCAGGGACGGAGAGGAUGAGAAGAAGCAAUACUGGGAGGAGAUGGAAGUCAAUCCUUGAAAAAAAAAAGGAAAAGAAAAGUCACUCUAUCCAUAACAGCAACUAGAGACUGCAAAAUCCGUCGAAGAGACAAGGACGAAAAAAAAAAGGUGCCAAUCUUUUUGGGCAGGCAGGAGAAGAUUGAUGACAGGAUGUAAAUGUAGAUGGGCCUUCCGCCAUGCAGUCGACCAGGACACACUAAUCACCAAGCUGAACUGCAGCUUCAUCUGGAUUCGAACUCAUGACCUUUAAUCACAGUAGGACAACUGGGAAGGGUGAUGAGAAAACGAUAGGAUGUAAAUGAAGAUCGGAUUGUAAUGUAAAAUGGGCCUUUUGCCAUGGGAGUCAUCCAGGACACUACCCGGUAAUCACCAACUGCAGCUUUAUCUGGGUUCGAACUCGUGACCUUGGAUCACAGUAGGAAGUCUCAUAGCUUCGUCCUCAGUUUGAUAUGAAGUACAAAAAAGAAUUAAAGGUAAUAAAGUAGGCAAUGUUGUAAAAAAGAAGAAAUUAGUUUUUCGAGCGUCUGAGGAAAGGAUAGGAUGUCUGGAUUCGAACUCAUGACCUUCAAUCACAGUAGGACAACUUGGAAGGGUGAUGACAAAACGAUAAGGAUGUAAAUGAUGAUAUACCUUUGUCGGCCUUUUGGCUAAGAUCAAGUGUAGUGUAUCUGUUCUGAUCAGUUUGAUAUCUGAUCCGUGGUCCAUCGGGUCACAUUAAAAAAAAAAAAAAAAAAAGGAUGUAAAUGAUGAUAGGAUUGUAAUGUAGAAUGGGCCUUUUGCCAUGGGAGUCAUCCAGGACACCAAUCACCAACUGCAGCUUUAUCUGGGUUCGAACUUGUGACCUUGGAUCACAGCAGGGCAACGUGAAGGGUGAUGAAAGGAGAAUGAAUGGUCACUGAUUUU